CUUCCUGUCUGGAAACCUCACUUUGGACCCCAAUGGCCCUCUUCCCCUCCAGGUUACCGCUGCUUCAAGGCAGUCCUCUUCCUCACUGGAUUGCUGUUUGGCUCAGUGGUCAUCUUUCUGCUGUGCUACCGAGAGCGGGUUCUGGAGACGCAGCUGAGCGCAGGAGCAAGCGCAGGCAUCGCACUGGGCAUUGGGUUGCUCUGCGGGCUGGUAGCCAUGCUGGUGCGCAGCGUGGGCCUCUUCCUAGUGGGGCUGCUGCUUGGUUUGCUGCUCGCUGCUGCCGCCCUACUGGGCUCGGCACCCUACUACCAGCCUGGCUCCGUAUGGGGCCCACUGGGGCUGCUGCUCGGAGGCGGCCUGCUCUGUGCCCUGUUCACACUGCGCUGGCCCCGACCACUCACCACCCUUGCCACGGCUGUGACUGGUGCUGCACUCAUCGCCACUGCUGCAGACUAUUUUGCUGAACUGCUACUGCUGGGGCGCUACGUGGUGGAGCGACUGCGGGCUGCGCCUGUGCCUCCCCUGUGCUGGCGGAGCUGGGCCCUGCUGGCACUCUGGCCCCUACUUAGCCUGAUGGGUGUUCUGGUGCAGUGGAGAGUGACAACCGAGAGGGACUCCCACACAGAAGGUGAGAGGACACAGGCUAGGGUAGGCAUGGGAAGAUGGGAUGGACAAAGAUGGGUGGGGUGAUUGAGGGAUUAGUGAGACAGGACAGAAGCUAUACACACCAAAAUUGGAAGGCCUCAAUUAGAAAGUUGACUUGGCCUGAGUCUAGGAGAACAGGGCUAAAUAACAAUAUUGAUUCGAAAAGAAUGGGUGGGACACUGGCUCUAGGUCAAGCCCAUUCCAGGCACUGGGGUGAUAGAGCAGAGAUGAAACAGAAGGACAGAGGAUGCAGCUCAGUGGUAGCAUGCUUACCCAGCAUGCAAAGGGCUCUAAGUUCCAUUCCCAGGAUCACAAACAAACAAAGGCUACCAGAGAUGGGUUCAUGCUCUUAUGCGCAUACAUCCAGGGCAGUUGAGAAACAGAUAAUAAAU